AUGACUCUGUGCGAAGUUUGCGCGAGGCUAGACAUUGAGCAGCUGGGAGACACAGAUGUCCGCUUUCAUCCGAACCUCAAAUCUCUCCAGCAGAGCGCUGCCGCAAAAUGCCCCUUUUGCACCCUCUGCUACACCCGGGUAAUGGACAAUACCGAGGAUAGCGUCACCGACGCGCUUCUCAAUGACCGGAUCCCAGAGAACUACGAAGUGGAAUGCUUCACCCCGAGUGUCUGGCUCCGCGGGGAGAUGAGGCAAGGGAACCGAGGUGUCGGCAAAGAUCUUCAGGGUUGCGGCAUAUGGAUCUCUUGCGGGAGGCUGUAUCCUGACGGUGGCCUAGGAGAGAUUAACCGCCCGGGCAUGCCUUUUACCUCGCGUCUUUCCGUCUUUGCGAGCCAAAACACUUCGGCUGCGUUCAAAUACAUCGACCGGCUUUCCACCGCUGACCACGAUCCCGAUCUUUACAUCUCCUUGGCCAGUUGGCGCUUGAAAAGGUGCAAAGCUUCGCAUACUCUCUGCAACCCAGCAUCCUCAGACAUGCCCACUCGCAUCAUCGCAGUCGGCAAGCCGAGUGAAAAGCCGCAACUGGUGACCACAGGGGGCCUAUGUGAGCCCUACCUGGCUCUUUCUUACUGCUGGGGUCCAGCACAGGACACCUUUACCUUGACGCACGAGACCAAAGCCGAGCUCUUCAGCGGCGUCGCGGAGGAGAAAUUAACGAGGACGCACCAAGAGGCGAUCCAGAUUGCGCGCUCUCUAGGCAUCGGUUAUGUCUGGAUCGACGCGCUCUGCAUCCUACAGGGAGAUGCCGAUGACUGGGCCUUCGAGUCUCAGCGCAUGGCGCAAGUCUACGGCAACGCGACCCUGACCAUCAUAGCCGGCCGUUCGAGCGACGCCCGCGAGGGCUUCCUCACAAACCGGCUCCGUCAAAAGGUCCCGUCGUGUGCUCUGCGGAUCUCUGCACACUCAGAAGAGACGCUCAACGUCUGCCUUCCAAGGUCUACCACGGUCGGACCGGUAUCCACGCGCGGCUGGUGCUUCCAGGAGGAGAAACUAUCCACUCGGGCCAUCGUCUUCGGCCAAGAGCAGAUGAUCUACCAAUGCCGGGAAGAACAGAACUGGGAGGACGGGCAAAUCAAGUUCCACGACCUCACACCGACGUUCCUCGCCCCCGGCGUCUCCGGAUUCGGCGGCGCAUGCUCGCCGGCCGAUAAAGACGCGACUCUCGAUACGUGGUACAGGUUCGUCGAAAUCUUCACGAUGCGGGCGUUGUCGAACCCCCACGACGUCUUCGCGGCUAUCGCCUCCAUCGCCAAGCUCGCCCAGAACGUCCUGGGAUCCCGCUAUCUCGCCGGGUUGUGGGAGGAAGACCUGGUCAGGGGCCUGUUGUGGAGGCCGCGCCCUCAAGUGCAAGCGCACCCGUUGUGCAAGGAGCCGCUGACGCGCCCGAGACCAACUCCCUUCGCGCCCGCGCCGGUGAUCCGCGCGCCGUCUUGGUCGUGGGCGUCCGUCGAGGGCCCCAUCCUCCGCGCUUACGACCGGAACCCGGGCCGGUUCCGGGACAGCAACCAUGUCAAGAUCAAGCCUAACCCGGGGGCGACAGGAUGGACGGCAGACGAGAACUGCGACGUCUCGGUGCUUCAUAUGCCGGCUUGUGAGCUGCAGAUGGUGGGACGCGUGGCGAAGGUCGUCCUCGUCAAGACGGGCGCUCGAGAGUGGCUCUUGGCUGACAAUUCGAGAAGAAAAUGGCUCACUUACUCCAGGAUGCUGCGCCAUGCAGUCUUGCUGGCCUCGCCAGGCGAGGAGGGUUCAGACGCGAACUCGGAUGGCAGCGUUGUGGCGGCGGGGGUCUUUGACGUGCUUGAGGAGGCAGGGGAUCACGAAGAGGUGUACUGCCUUCCGCUGAUCGAGAAAGAGGGCUUGAUGGUCGUUCCGCAUGGGAACAGUUGGAAGCGUGUCGGGUGGGUUGAAUUGAGAAGCUGGGCUUGGUUUGAGGCACAGCCAGAGAUCGAAGUGAGGCUUGUUUGA